AUGUGUGACAUGGGGGGACUCGACAACCUGGUGGCCAACACGGCCUACCUGAAGGCCCAGGGCGGCGACGACAAGGAGAUGAAGAAACGCCGCCGGAGCCUGUCACUGCCCAAGGCGGACCAGUGCGCCGCCAUCCGCACCCAGGUGGAGAAGGACUACGAGUCGCUCUGCGAGAAACAGCCCAUCGGGAAGAAGUUCUUCCGCCAGUUCCUGGCGUCCAACCCCGACUACAGCAGGGCGGCCGACUUCCUGGACGAGCUGAACGACUGGGAGCUGGCGGAGGGCGCGGCCAAGGACAAGACUCGGCAGAACAUCAUCAACAAGUUCUGCAAGGCCGACUCCAAGAACUUUCUGUCCUACCUGACUGGCGAGGCGGCGGAGAAGUGCAAGGCCGUGACCGACAAGGAUUUCGAGGAGGUGAUGAUGGGCAAGGUGAAGAGUGGCACGCAGGACUUUCUGAAAGGGAAGCCCUUCCAGGAGUACCAGACCAGCUUGUUCUUUGACAAGUUCCUGCAGUGGAAGGAGUACGAGCGGCAGCCCAUAACUGAAAAGUACUUCUACGAGUUCAGGACUCUGGGCAAGGGAGGGUUCGGAGAGGUGUGUGCCGUGCAGGUGAAGAACACCGGCCAGAUGUACGCCUGCAAGAAGCUGGACAAGAAGCGUCUGAAGAAGAAGCACGGCGAGAAGAUGGCCCUGCUGGAGAAGAAGAUCCUGGAGAAGGUGAACAGCCCCUUCAUCGUGAACCUGGCGUAUGCCUUCGAGACCAAGACCCACCUGUGCCUCACCAUGACCCUGAUGAACGGUGGCGACCUCAAGUACCACAUCUACAACAUCGGCGAGAAGGGCAUCGAGAUGAAACGCAUCGUCUACUACACGGCGCAGAUCACCACAGGCAUCCUGCACCUGCACGACUUGAACAUCGUGUAUCGCGACAUGAAGCCCGAGAACGUGCUGCUGGACAGCGUGGGCCAGUGCCGCCUCUCCGACCUGGGCCUCGCCGUGGAGCUGGCCCCCGGGAAGACCAUCACCCAGAAGGCAGGAACAGGUGCUUACAUGGCUCCAGAGAUCCUGAAGGAUGUUCCGUACCGCACCUCUGUGGACUGGUGGGCACUGGGCUGCAGCAUCUACGAGAUGGUGGCUGCGUACACGCCCUUCAAGGGUCCCGACGCCAAGAAGGAGAAGGUGGCAAAGGAGGAGGUUCAGCGCCGCAUAUGCGAAGACGAGGUCAAGUUCGAUCACAAGGGCUUCGACGCGAUCACCAAGGACAUAAUAACCCAGUUCCUCAAGAAAAACAUUGACGAGCGCCUGGGCUGCAAGGGUGACGAUCCCAGGAAGCACGAGUGGUUCAAGUCCAUCAACUUCGCCCGCCUGGAGGCCGGGCUCAUCGACCCGCCCUGGAAGCCCAAGCCCAAUGUGGUCUAUGCCAAAGACACUGGAGACAUUGCCGAGUUCUCAGACAUCAGGGGCGUGGACCUGGAUGCCAAGGACGACAAAUUCUUCAAGGAGUUCAGCACGGGUGCUGUGUCCAUCCCCUGGCAGCAGGAGAUGAUUGAAAGUGGACUCUUUGACGAGCUCAACGACCCCAACCGGAAAGAGUCUGCGGCCGGUCUGGACGGCGACCAGAAGUCGGGCACAUGCACACUGCUUUGA